AAGGAGUUUUCUUAUACAUCUUCAUUGAAGACUCAUUUGAAGAGACAUGUCCCCGAUAGACGCAGAUCCAGCUCUGGUACAAUGAAGCAUAAGCAGCAGAAACUUAUAUGUACCACGUGUGGUAAAAUAAGUCGCAGCGUUUAUGAACUUGAAAUGCAUGAGCUGAAGCAUGCUGGGUCCAAACCACAUAAAUGCAUGAUCUGUGAGAAGUCUUUUGCCUACAUCCACAUCUUGAAGCUCCACAUGAAAUAUCAUCAAGAUGCAGAGGACUACCAUUGUGAAUUUUGUGGAAAAGAAUAUUUCAAUGCCAGUUCAUUAUGGUUCCACAAACUUGCUCACUCGGAUGAACUGCAGUACUGCUGUGUUCUGUGUGGAAAGAGAUUUAAAACCCCUUCAGGUUAUAAUCAGCAUAAGAAAAAGCAUAAUCUCUCAGAAGAGAAGAUCUCCUACAAUCAGUGUGAUGGAUGUGGCAAGGUGUUUUGUGACUGCAAGCAAACAAGUAGCACAUUUUGUGAAGACAGGCCACAGAUCAGCCGAACUGUAGAGCACAUUUGUGAGCAUUGUAACAAGAUAUUCAACCAGAUUGAGGACUACCAUAAACACAUGACUCAACACACAGGCCAAAAACCUUUCCAAUGCUUGACCUGUGGCUUGGCCUGGGCUGACCCUCGCUCACUAUGGCAUCACAUUCGUGAGCACAGUGGGGAAAAGCCUUACAUCUGUUCCAUCUGUCUGGAUCCUCACAUUGAUGCUCGGAGUUUGCGGCUGCACAUGAAAAAGCUCCACGGAAAUGGGGUCCCAAAGUGUAUUACACUUAAAAGGGAACCACUGCCUCUACACAAGUACUUAACACACUUGACCCAUGAUAUGUUUAUUUUACCAACGACAGAUCAGAAGCAGCAGGACAGCGAUUCCAUGAAUGAGAUAAAGCGACAUGAUGAAGACACUGCAGGAGAAUGGAAAUCGUUUCCAACCGUUUCUAAUGAACACUCCAGAAAUCUUUCCAUCCUGUCUGAUCAAAUUUUCUAACAUUAGUGAAUGACCCACGUUCUUCCUGUUUUCAAUGUCUGGACUUUUCCAUUCUAAGUGUCUGCAGGAUCACUGGAACAGCAAGUAUGGACUAGUUUUGCAUGAUGUUUUGACAUCUUUUGGAUGGGACCUAUGAGAAACAAACUUUUUUUUCUGUGAAACAGGUUUGUUUGACACGUUUUAUAUAAAACAUACUGUAAAAUUCAAUUUGAGUAUUAUGAAACUGUGAGGACGUAUUAAAACAAUGUAAAAAUUGUUGGAAACUUCAGAAAUGUAAUUGCUACACCCCUCCCCUAAAUGUCAAAAAUACAACUCCAAGUAUUAAUUUAGACAUUGCAAAAAUAAAAGGUUGUGCAGUUAAGUGAGUUGCAACUUUUGAAGCAAUACAGCGAGGAAAAGUUGGAAUUUUUUUAUUUAUAUUUUGUUAUCCUAGUUCACAUGCUUUUGUUUUUAACCUCCUAAUUUAUUGAUUGCCAAUAUUCAAUGGAAGACAAUGCUUCAUGUUACCUUUCUAAUGACUUUUAUACCUUGCUCCGUAAUUACGAUUGACUGUCGAGCAUUUUGAAUAGUACCAGCCUGGUAAUGCAUUUGUGUUAAAUAGGAAACAAAUGUUUUGACUUGACCUUGAGGUGGACACAGCUAGCUAGGUGAUUUAUAUCUGCAGGCUUUGUUUCGUUGCCAUGAGCAUUUGGAGCCAGUUAUUUUUUUGUUGAACAGAUUGGGCUAUUUGAAUGCGUUAAUUGAAGUGGAUGCUGCAAAGCCCAGUAAAACGUGUCCUGAAGCAAACAGAAGCUGUGUCUUGAUAAUGUCAUUGUCUGGGCUGAUGGCCAGAGUCAUAAAGGAAUACGGGUCUGGUACACUGCCACGGAUACUGCAGGCACUCCAAAGGAAAUUUAUACCUCGGCAAUCUGAGACAGGUUCAUUGUUAUUCCUUUUAAAUGUGAAGACAAUGGUUAUUUACUAUAUUUUCCUGAGUGUAUCUUGUACUCUCCUCUGUACUUCUCAGACAUUUAGGAUGUAAGUUUUCAUGGUUGCUUCUGUAAGGCUGUAUAAUUGAUGUACGCACAGAAUGCUGUUGCAUCUUUUUGAUUGCAACUGUGAAAAUGUCAGAAUUAAAGAGCUGCUAAAAUGAUAAUGUUUCUGUUACAGAUAGUUUUAAAGAACCUGUUCAGACAUGUUAUGACACAGCUUUGGAGCAGGUGGGCCUUCUGGUCCAGGGGUGGGGACACUAUCACUGCACCGUUAUCUGUUACAUUUUAGAAUACUUUUCAGGAACUUACCAUUUAUCUCCUAGAGUAAUUGCAAACUCUGGUCUCUAUGCUUACCAUAUGAACUGUUACUGAAUUAUGUUGGCAAAUCUUCUAGAAACAGACAACGUGGUAUGGAACAAAAGCGAAGU